AACCUAGCAGUUUCUUCUUCAAGCGUUGUUCUUCUUCUUCCGGCACAGAGAGAGGUAAUGGCUUGGUUAACACGAUUCCUAGGGGCAGUGGCUUUCUUAGCCAUCGGAGUUAUAUUUUCUCCGGAAACAUUUGGAUCGAAUUCGAAGGGUUUGAAUUCCCCGAAGCUAUCGACGCUCCUUAAGCUGGCUCAUCUACUCUGUUUCUCCACCGCUUGGGGUGCGGCUCUUUGGGUCACCUUUAUCGGCGGCAUCAUUAUGUUCAAGAAUCUACCGAGGCAUCAGUUUGGUAACCUACAAAGCAAAAUGUUUCCGGCUUAUUUUUCCAUGGUGGGAUUGUGUUGCGCUAUAUCAGUGGCGUCAUUUGCGUAUUUACAUCCAUGGAAGUCAUCCUCCACUAAUGAAAAGUAUCAGCUCGGAUUUCUACUCUCUGCUUUUGCUUUCAAUCUCACCAAUUUGUUUGUAUUUACUCCCAUGACCAUUGAGAUGAUGAAGCAAAGGCACAAAGUGGAGAGGGAAGAAAACAUAGGGGAUGAAGUUGGGUGGACUAAAAACAGGGAAGUUGCAAAGGUUAAUCCAAAGCUUGCAGCCAUGAACAAGAAGUUCGGGAUGAUUCAUGGGUUAUCAUCCCUCGCUAAUAUUAUGUCAUUUGGCAGCCUUGCUAUGCACUCAUGGUACUUAGCUGGUAAGAUCGAUCUGUAAUUGAGGUCUUUUGGCAUUUGCAGGGAAAGUUGUAUUCUGGUUAUAGAUUAAAUUAAUGAAACGAGGACUGUUUGUGCUCUCUCAGGUUUGUACAAGAUAUGUGUAAUUCACCUAUAUAUCAACUUAAAUAAUAAGUCUUUCUCGUUACUUCAAAAUAAAAUUUGAUAGAAUUA